UCAAUACAGUGUGAGCUUUGGUAACCUUAACAACCUCAACAACAACAACAACGCAGUUUUUAGUGUAAAUUUCUCAGCUGAUACAAGAUGACUGAAGAAAUUGAGGAACACGGUGUUAAAAUAAACAUUAAAGGCACUAUCCAGGCACCCAAAAGGAAUGAAGUUAUGUUCAAUUCAGACAUGGUAGUAAAUAGAUCACUUGUUCUCUGUGCACUAGCUGUAUACAGUGAGUCUGGCAAGUGUGUCAAUGGAAAAGUACGAUGUCUAGAUGCUCUUGGUGCCACAGGUGUGUCAGGGUUGGCCUGGGCUCGACAGUUACCGAAG